UAUUCCUCCACUAACACAUUUCCUUCAAAACCUGCGUUUGGCCGCACUGGUUGGGUUGGCGAAGAGAGACUCAUCCACCUCUCUUCCUUUCCCCUUUAGGUUUUGGCGAUUUUCCAUUGCUCCCCUUCGAAUUCGAAUAUUAUCCCUUCAAUCAAAUCUCAGUUCCAUUACGGAAGAACCUGGCUACCAACCCCACUCAACUUCAUACGGCUCUCUGUCGUAUGAUAUCUGUUCCUCGAAUUUUCCGCCUCUGAAAAUGGGUGUUCUUCGUUGAUUUCUUCCUUCUUUUCAAUACCCUCUUGAGAGAUUUUGAGGAUUUCAAACGGGUUGGAGUUAAUUUCCUUCUUAAGAGAUCCCUUUCUCGGUUUUGAUUCAUGGGUAGGAACCAAAUCGAUGGGUUCUUCUCCGUUUCUGGUUUGGGAUCUCAAUGUCGAUUUCAGGAUGAAACUGUUCUACCUGGUGGCUUGUUCGCAAGCGUGGGACAGAUGGGAGUGGGCUUCGGAGUUUCUCCAGAUUCUUCCAAUCCCCGCAACAAUGGCGGCAAUAAACUUCACAUGAAGUACUUAUCUUGGGUGGAGGGGUUUCGAAUUCCUGGGGCUGAUGAAGAGGAAGGGGUUGUGAAGAAGAAGAAGGGUGGCCUUAGAUUGAGAGUUAAAGUUGCGAAUCCUUCACUUAGGAGGCUAAUUAGUGGGGCUGUUGCUGGGGCUGUGUCAAGGACAUGCGUGGCGCCAUUAGAGACCAUAAGGACACAUCUAAUGGUGGGGAGUAGUGGAAAUUCUACCACAGAAGUGUUUCAUAAUAUCAUGCAAACUGAUGGGUGGAAGGGGCUGUUUAGGGGAAAUUUUGUUAACGUCAUUCGUGUUGCUCCUAGCAAGGCCAUUGAGCUCUUUGUGUACGACACAGUCAACAAGAAUCUGUCAUCUAAACCUGGUGAGCCACCAAAACUUCCUAUAUCAGCCUCAUUUCUUGCUGGGGCAUGUGCAGGAGUUAGCUCAACAAUCUGCACAUACCCUCUAGAGCUACUCAAGACCCGAUUGACUAUACAGAGAGACGUAUACGACGGGCUAUUCAAUGCAUUCUUAAAGAUACUUAGAGAAGAAGGGCCUGCUGAACUCUACAGAGGCCUUGCUCCUAGUUUGAUUGGAGUAAUUCCAUAUUCUGCAACUAAUUACUUUGCAUACGACACAUUAAGAAAGGCCUAUAGGAAAGUGUUUAAGCAAGAGAGGAUUGGAAACAUCGAAACCCUUUUGAUUGGCUCUGCGGCUGGUGCCUUCUCGAGCAGUGUUACAUUCCCGCUCGAGGUAGCACGCAAGCACAUGCAGGUGGGAGCCUUAAGUGGAAGACAGGUCUAUAAGAAUGUCAUCCAUGCACUGGUUAGUAUAUUCGAGCAAGAAGGCAUUCCAGGCUUAUACAAAGGGCUAGGCCCCAGCUGUAUGAAGUUAGUACCAGCUGCUGGGAUUUCUUUCAUGUGUUAUGAGGCCUGCAAGAGGAUCCUUAUUGAAAACGACCAAGAAGAGUAGAGAUAGGAACCACAGUUUUGUUUUCUGUUAGUGUUUUUUGUUCUUUUCACCAUAUUUCAACGUAAACUUCUGGUGUUUUGCUAAGGUUUAGUUUCUAGAGCUGAAUUUAUUUGGAUGAUCUCUUAAUGGAUGAGCUGUUGGUUGAUAAUGUUAACAAGCCAUUGCUAUGACC